GUGGACAAAAUAAACAGCUGACGGGAUGCGAGCCAACUUGAUCUCGAAUCACUCGAUUGGGACUGUACAGAAUAUAAACGGAAUGGAAGCAGACUUAUCUAUUUGUUGUCUAGUUAAUGUGAUAGUAUUGAUCCCUAUUAAUCGAUUUGAUUAGAAGACCAGCACGUGUCGGAGAUAACCCCACCCCACCAAAACCACGACACCAAAUCCCAUCGCAAAAGAAGAACUUGUAAGUCUUACUCACACUUGAGUUUCAUGUUUGCCUCAAAGCUCUUAACACUUUGCUAGUUGAGAUGAGGUCAACGUUUUUGCAGGAUUAGUGUUAUUUUUAUUCCCCCAUUGAGUCAUGGCAGAAGAACUCAAUUAUGUGACAGUCAAGUUCACCUCUCACAGCUCGCCAAAUGACACUGUUAUCUAUGAAGACAUAAGAAACGAGCUGGAGCGAUGGCCCCCUCAACGCCAUGCCGAAGAGAAGUGCGGCGAUGAGGAGGAGAUCUACGAUGAUGUGCGGUCAAAGGAGUUACCGUGCAGCGUGCCUCACAUCUUACAAGAAAACCUGUCUAAAAUAUCACUCCAGACGCCUGCCACUUUGGCGGCUUACGUUCUGAGUGUCCUUUGCGUCAUCCUCAUGUCUGUCGUCAUUGCCCUCACCUUGCACAUGAACGGCAUCCUGGCCGAGCAGCAUUGGCAGAACAUCAACCUGACGGCUCAGAACGAGUACGUGCGGGCCGAGCUGGAGCAGAUGAGCGAACGAGCCCAAAACCUGAGCAGGGAACGGGACCAGCUCAACCGGACCUUGGGCCAGGUCGUCGAGUUUGACAAUUUUCCUGUCAUCGACUACUGCCCGCAAAAAGUUUUAAGCCUGUGCAAGCCGUGUGUGAACGGCUGGCUGCAUUUUGGCUCCAAGUGUUACCUGUUUCGGCACGACAUUUACUCCUCCCGCUGGAAGACCUGGGAGGGAAGUGUUGACGAUUGCAGGCUGAUGAACGCACGCCUGCUGCUCAUUGAAAGCCAAGAAGAACAGGAUUUUGUCACGAAUCAUACGUAUUACUACAACGAUGCCAAGCACGGAUACUGGAUAGGGCUGAGCAAGAACUUCAUCUCUGACAAGUGGAACUGGAAUGAUGGACGCAACCUCACUUUGCCAUUCUGGAGAAAAGAAAACGACAACUUAAAAAACAACUGUGCUCUGACGACAAAGUCGCUGCCAAAAUCGCGGGACAACUGGAGCAAAGCCAAAUGUGACAUGAAGAACAGAUACAUCUGCCAAACCCAUUCCAUCACCUGGCCAGAUCCACACUAACACAUCACUCCCUUGCACACACAAAAUAUAAUCCGUGUCUUUUGUGGAAGCGUUAGAGUACAAAUUGAGUUGGUUGCUGGUUUGAUUCUGAGCUAAGUAGAAAGCUUGUAGGGUCCUUUUUCCCGCCCUUGACUAUACAACUCGGACUUUCCAGUCCAAAGUGGCGGCACUUUUCUUACUCGGAAAUGGGAAAAUUCCAUCUUCCUACGUUCCUUGAAUGCAGCGUAAGGCCUACAGCCAGUUAACAUCCACGGUAAUCACACUAUGGUUUAAUGGACAGAUCGUCAAUUCAUAACUAAAAAAACUGACAAAGGAGUUUAAAUAUUUAUUAUGAAAUCAGCCCAGUGUGAGUUACACUACUAUUUUUCUGGCCGGUGGUGUGAAGUAAAAGUAUUUAGCAACCAUGUGUUGUGCAACAAUGGAAAAUAAUCCGCAUGUGUGUGUCCCAAUAGCAUUCAGUGUCAUCAUAGGCAGGGACAAAAAAUAAACAAAAACAAAACACAG